CGAAUUUGGAGUCAGUAGCAUGUGUGUGAGGCGGGUGUGGUGCUAAGGCUGACUGGUAGACAACGUGCAAGUAAUACUGGUGAAGAAAGAGACGCCCAGGCCUGAGAGUGACCGUCAGACACACUGGGAGAUGAGGAGACGGCGGUAGACGCUGUAGAGGAGGAUUAGAGCUGCAGGAUAUUGAGAAGUCAGGCAGGGUGUGGAGUGUGCACAUGAGCAGAGCUCUAGUAUCGCGGAAGAAUAAGCGGCGUAGAUAAGUAGUCCCGGAGAUAGCGGGUCACUAGUGGUGUGUAGUUGGACGUGAUAGUAGUAGGCUCCUCCCAUACUAGCGGUUCUAGGUCAGCCCGGGGUACCACUGAGCACAGUAUCACUGAUAUACUCUGAGGGGAAUGAAGUGCCGCCGCCUGUGGCUGAAGACUGUACUGUGGAUGUAAACAGCGCGUCUGAGAGGACGUGUGUAGAGCGCCCCUAGCGAAGCGUCCCACAUAGUGCAGGCAGACUGCUGCGGGGAGUGUCCAUCCAAAAACUCCGAAAACUUGCAGACGGUUCUCCGAGCGAUGUUUCCCCCCGAGAUCGUGUCCGGAUGGGACAUCUCCGUGGCGUGCUCCGUGCUCCUGGCCUGUGUGCUGGUGACGCUGGGCUGGCUCUUCCACCUGGUGGAGCGGAGAUUCUGGAGACAGUCCGAGCCGCCUAGCAUCCCUCCACAGCCCGGCCUGCUGGAUACUCUGCUAGUUAAACGGAGUAUGGAGCAGAUUUUAAGCAAUUUGAAGCUGCUAGAUCCAGAUGAGCUACGAGUAGAAAUAUUAAAAGCAGGAUUAAAGUGUGGACCUAUCACCUCAACCACUAGAUGUAUAUUUGAGAAAAAACUAGCUCGUACUUUACUGGAACAGCAAGGCGUAGAUGUGGAAACCUUCAGAUCAAAUGAUAAUCCCCAAAAUGAUUCUCAUGGCCUGCAGGCCAAAUACUCUGAAGACAGGGACUUUGGAUACAAUGUAGGUUUGAACCCUCCCAUAGAAGAGACCAUAUCCAGAAGAGACUUUGCUGCCAAUGGGGGUUUGGAAGCUGCUCACAUCUCUACACCUUUGCAUUCUGAUUACCCCCCGGUGUUCUAUGCAGUCUGCCCUGUGUAUGAUGAUGCAUCGGCCAGGAAUGAAAAGACUCACAUUUACACUGACAAAAAGGAAGCUCUACAGGUUGUAAAAAUGCUGAAAGGUUCUCGGUUCAAAGCGUUUCAAGCAAGAGAAGAUGCUGAAAAGUUUGCUACAGGCAUAUGUGACUAUUAUCCAUCACCCAAUAAAUCAUCCAUGUCCUUGUCACCUGUAAAACUUUCUUCUGGUCUUCUUAGAGAUGGAUUGUCUGCUCCAGAUGUUGAAAGCCUGAACAAGGAAAAAGCAAAUAGCUUUAAGAGCCCCAGGACACAAGACUUGACAGCUAAACUAAGAAAGGCUGUGGAAAAAGGAGAUCUGGCCACAUUUUCUGAUCUGAUAUGGAGCAAUCCACGUUAUCUUAUAGGGUCUGGUGACAAUCCAACUGUUGUCCAGGAAGGAUGUAGAUACAAUGUCAUGCAUGUGGCUGCUAAGGAAAACCAGGCUGGUAUCUGUCAACUUUUACUAGAUACUCUGGAGAACCCAGAAUUCAUGAGACUUAUGUACCCUGAUGAUGAUGAUGAGGUUAUGCUUCAAAAAAGGAUUAGAUACCUUGUUGACUUGUAUCUCAACACCCCUGAUAAAAUGGGAUUUGACACUCCACUUCAUUUUGCUUGCAAAUUUGGCAAUCCUGAUGUAGUUAAUGUGCUGUGCUCACAUCCUGAUAUUAUAAAGAACCCUAGGAACAAAUAUGACCAGACUCCGGAACAGGUCAUAUGUGAGCGAAACAAAAAUAAAUCACCAGAAUUUAAAGAAAAGAUUAGAGAAUACCUAAAAGGCCAUUGUUAUGUUCCUUUAUUGCGUGCUGAGGAUAACUCUUCAUUUCCUGUUAUUGGUGUACCAUGGUCACCUGAGCAGCCUGAUAUUCUUUCUCAGCCAAGGUAUUUUGGCAGCCCAAAAGAUCCAUUACUUACAGUGAGAGCUUUUGCUGGACCCAUGAGCCCUUCUAAGGCAGAUGAUUUUAGAAGGAUUUGGAAGACUCCACCACGGGAUAGGGCUGGAUUUUUUCAUAAUGUUAGGAAAACGGAUCCAGAGAGAGGCGAGGAAAGAGUUGGAAGAGAGCUUGCUCAUGAACUGGAUGUCCCAUGGGUGGAACAUUGGGAAUUUCUUGGCUGUUUUGUUGAUCUUUCUUCUCAGGAUGGUGUGGGGAAGCUUGAGGAAUAUCUUGGUAAAAGGGAAGCAAGUGAGCAGAUGCACCUAGAACAUGAUCAUGAGAUGUGCAACAAGUACAAGACUCCAUCUCCAGCAGGAAAAGGCAAAAAAAUCUGUAAUUCUGUUUCUGUUGGAGCAUUUUUAGAUGAUGAAGACGAUAUGAGUCUGGAAGAAAUAAAAAACCGUCAGAAUGCAGCCCUAAGAAAUAGCCUUCCAUUGACUUCUACUGAGACAAUCACAAUCCCAGAGUGCAUUAUGGAUGCAACACCUCUGCAAAGCAGUUGUCACAGUGAUGGGUCAAAGCGGGGCUGCUGCAGUCCAUUAAAUGACAAAGUUAUCCCACCUGGAGAACGUAGACGUCAGCAGUGUUUGGAGGAGGCAUUGUUGUCUCCUGUAUCCAAUCUCAUGGCAGAGUUUGAAAAACUUACAUUGAGUGGACUAAACGAAGCCAGUAAUGUAGAAUCUCCGUCAAACAACGGAUGUGCUAUGUCACAGAGAUUAAGUGAGAUGACUGUUUCCGAUACUGUAGAUCUUGACUCCAGCAGCCCUUCAACAAGGACAACAUCUUCUGAGUUAAUGCAGAUUGAUCACCAUGUGCCCAGUUUUAGCCAUCUGGACCAUCCUUUAUUUCCAGGGACCAGCAAUGAGGCAUUAUCAAAUUCCCAUUCAGGUUCUCCCAGCCAGCAACUGAUCAUGAAAACCCCAACAAAACACCAAAGUGAUAGGUUUCUGUUUCUUCUAGGGAAAGAGCCAACUAAGUUAGACAGUGAUGUGCUAUUAGCUAUAGAAAAUGUGGAAAUAGAUGCUCAGAAAUUCCCCAACGUUUCCAGAUGGAUGAAAUCAGUAUUGUUUUACUCCAGUACAGAACGACAAAGUUGGCCAAGCCCAGCAGUUGCAAGCGGAAAAUAUCGAUCGCAUAUGUUUGGUUGCAAUUCCCCUGGUGGUAAUGGAUUUUCCACUCCUGGAAGGAGCAGUCCCAUUCUGGGGAGCCCAGGCAAAUACAUGAACACAUCUGAUUAUUGCAGUCCUGGAAGGUAUAGCCCAGCAUAUGCCAGUCACAUACAACUUUUGCGGUUACGUCAUUUUUCAGACCACUCUGGCCUUUAAAGUUGUUUCCUAAUUCACACAUAACAAAUCAUUUGUCCCAAUACAUAAAACUGAACUGAGUGAAGAGCUGUCCAACAGUUGAUGCAGCACAUUGUUUUAAGAAUCGGACAUUGACAGUCGCAUCUGUCGCUGUAGAAAAGUCUGUGUCAACACUUGUUUAAGGUUUUGUAUGGUGAUGACCCUUUCCACUUUGCAAAAGAUGGAAAUCCUAGAUCAUGGUGUCUGAGCCUUCUUUUUUUUUGUAAAUCUUCAAUGUUUUAAAUAAAAAAAUAAAAAAUUAACUGUAGUCGUCACAGUCAGGAAAUGAACCAAUGAAUCUCAUUGGCACCUAUGUCUCUUAGUUUUAUAUGCCUAGUUAGUCACUAGCACUCAGCAAUAACAAGCAGUGUCUGACAUGUGUAGGGCUGUUCCAAGUUCACACCUGGAGCCUUGAUCCUUAAAGUGGUUAACCAGCAAUAGAAUAACGGCUAGUUUAAUAAAAAAAAACUGCAUCACGCCUGUAAUCACUUUGUAUGUGGUAUUACAACUUAGCUCCGUUGACUUCAAUUGAACUAAGCUGCAAUACCUCACACAACUUGAGGACAGGUGUGGUGUUUUUUGUGUGAAAAUAUGCUCUGUUUUUCUAAUCAUGGAUAACCCCUUUAAAUACUUGCACUAAUGCAGUGUUUUAAGCCCAAUACUUAUGCAUCUACGUUCUGUUAAGAGCAGAUUUCAUAAGUCCAUAUGGCUUUAGUGGCCAUUCUAUGUCUUAUUUACGGUGUUUUAAGUGUGUGACUAUUUGUCAUUCAGAAAUGCUUUACUUGGCUAAAACUUGGCUACUUUACUUGGCUAAAAAGGAUAAAGACAGUGUUUUAAAGUAUUGACCUAAUAUUGAACAUAGAAUAACUAGCAUCAAUUUACAGGGUUGGGUGAAGUUUGUUUAUACAAUUUUUUUUUUAUAUAUAUUUAUGUCCAGACCUUUGAACGCUCUAAAUGUUCAAAAUCAAUCAUAUAUAACAAUUGUUGCCAUAGUGCAUUGCUAAAUGGAAAGUUUCAAGAGUUUGUGUUACUGUCAAUUAACACAACUUUUGACAUGUCACAAGUUUUGAUUGGUCAGGGUCUACUUGUUUAGACUCCCACUGACUACUAGAAUAAGGAUUCCUCACAUUAGUCUCUACAGAUUUACUAUAGAAUCCAUUUCCUUCAGCAAAAUAUGAAGCCUGUCUCCUGCAGCAAGAUUUUGAGACUCCUUUUAGCAGUCUCUGGGGGUUAAACACCCAGACCCCCAACAGAUUAAAAGUUUUAAAGUGUUAAAUGGCAGUACCAUUUUUGGGGGUGGGGGUUAUGUUCAUCUUCUCUUCCAUACUGCAUUGUCAAUCUAGCGUCCUUUACAAUGAAGAGACUCUUUUUGAUAAACCUUAGGACUUGGCCAUAGAUGCAUUCCAAAAAUAUUACCAGUGUACUGCUGGUUAAGGCCUUAUGACCUGUUGUGUUCUGGUAACGUGUACAAUAACAGGAUAAAACAUGACACAGAAAUAUUGUAAUUUACUUGUCACUUUCAGUGUUUAAUACAAAGCUGUUUUGUAUGUUUAUAUGGAUAACAUUUUGUGGUUACAUUGACAAUUAUACAUAGAGACUAAAGUUCCGAAAUUUGGCUUUAAAUGUUCAUCUUAAAGGUGAUGGGAUUGAUGCCGAUGUCCAUAUUUAGACAGUCUUGUGUACAUCUUGAAAUCUGUUUUUCUGAUGUGACUAUACAUUCUAUCUUUUUGUUUGUGAGCAUAAAGAUUAAUGCUGCAAUAUGUUUAGAUAUUAUGUUAAAGAAAUGUCAUUACCUUUCUGGCAAAAACAGGAUUUGCACUAUUUAUGUCUCUUUGAUUUGUUACGUACAAGCUCCAAAUACAUUGGCCUAAGUUGACCUUUAUUUGUUAUGAACAAUAUUUUCAGUUUCUUUUUUAAUUAGAGAUUUGUUAAAAAAAAAAAAGUUUAGGUAUUAAACCUCAUACUUAAUCCAAAUAAUGCACAUCAUUUCCAAAAUCACAUUCAUGGCAGAUUUUCUGCCUGUAUAAUUUUACAAAAUUGUUUUCACUUAGCCUAAAGUAUAUGAAAAAAGAUUUUGCAAGGCUAAUGUGUCUUAGGUUCCAGUAAAAUAACAUAACAAAAUAGUGCAGCUUGCAGCAUUUUUGUCUGGUAAAAUACUGGACAUUGAAACAAAAACCUCAGAACAGACCCUAUUAAAGUCAAUGUGAACACGGCAUGUAGGGGAAGCUGCACUACCAUUUUCUUUUGUUCGGCUCCUAUUGUGAAUCGGUAAAUGGCACACCAGGCCCUAACUGGCUGCCGAUAUUAUUAGUGUUAACUCCACAUACAGCUAUAUGAACUCCUAUUAGGGCCAGAAGGAGCCAUAUACAGUUGUAACUGAACUGUUUCCACUGACUGUUGAUGGUCACUGAUACUUUAAAAGUUGGGACAUUGUAUUUUCAGUCUGCAUUAGGUACUAUGUAUUUUUGGCAGGAAAUAUGCAGACUUAGGGUGCGUUCACACGUGUGUAUUUUCUGCUGCAGAUUUUGCUACCUAUUGACGUCAAUGGCCAGUAAAAUUUGCAGCAGCAAAAAUAUGCACGUGUGAAAGUACCCUUAGGGUACAUUCAGAUGUACAUAAUUUUCUGCAGAAAUAUUUCUUUCUUUCUACCCAUUCACUUUAGUGUGUGUGCAGCAAAUGUUUUGCAGAUUUUCUGCUGUAGUGAUCUUACAGUGGAAAAUCUGCAGCAGAUUAUGUACACGUGAACGUUCUCUAAGGGUAGGGUCACACAUGUCGUAUUUUGCUACACCUUUGCUGCAAAGUAUUUUCCUGUCAAUUAAUAGCAAAAUCAGCUGCAGAAAAUACGCUAUAUCAUAGGAUAAAAGUAGUAUAUGACCAUACCUGUCAGAUUUUUGGUGGUUUCAGGCCAAUUUGUUUUGUGGGUUGUAAUACUGUACUUUCUGCUUGUACUAUGUUGCUCAGUGCUACAAGUUCCAGAAUACAUUACUUUACAUCAAUGGGUAGCAAAAUAAGCUGCAGAAAAUAUGCAGCAGAUCCUGUCCAUCUGAAUGUACCCUAAAAGUGGUUUUCCAGGCAAUUCUGAAAGACAAAUAUAUGCUUCCCUGUGUAUUCAAAGGGGUCCUCUGGUGGAAAACUUGUCAGGAACUGUCCUGAGCAGGAGCAAAUCCCCAGAGCAAACCUAUCCUGCACUUGACAGUUCUUGACAUGGACAGAGGUGUUCUGUGGUCAGACAGAGAGGAAAUUCUAAAAGAAAAGAACUUCCUGUGGAGCAUACAGCAGCUAAGUAUGGGAAGGGUUAAACAUUUUAAAUAGAAAUAAUUUACAAAUCUGUUUUAACCCCUUAAUGACCACAGAUGUAAAUGUACGUCCUGGUACGGAGGUACUUCGCGCACCAGGACGUACAUUUAUGUCCUGUACAUGACCGCGAGCAUUGGAGCGGUGCUCGCAUCAUGCACUGCCGGUAAUGGCGGACAUCAGCGAUCAUUAACCCCUCAGAUGCUGUGAUCAAUUCAGAUCACGCCAUCUGCGGCAAAGUGCAUAUUUAAAUUAUUGGAUCGCCUGCGGCACUGCCGCGGGGAUCCGAUCACCUGAAAUGGCAGCCGGAGGUCCCCUCACCUGCCUCCGGCCGUCUCCAGUGGUCUUCUGCUCUGGUCUGAGAGAGCAGACUAGAGCAGAAGAUCGCCGAUAACACUGAUUAGUGCUAUGCCCUUUGCAUAGCGCUGAACAGUAUUAGCAAUCAAAUUAUUGCUGUAGAUAGUCCCCUAUGGGGACAUAAAAAAUAAAAUUAAAAUAAUUUGAAAAAUCCCCUCCAUCAAUAAAAAUGUAAAUUGUCCUUUUUCCCAUUUUACCCUCAAAAGCGUAAAAAAAAUUAUUUUCAAAUUUACAAAUUAGUAUCACUGCAUGCGCAAAUGUCCUAACUAUCAAAAUAUAACAUAUUAAUGAUCCCAUACGGUUAAUGGCGUAAACCAAAUAGACCAAAAUUGCUGCUUUUUUGUCACAUUUUAUUAAAAAGAAAAUUUUUUAUAAAAUUAUUUCAAAGUUUUAAACUUUUAAUGGGCAAGGGGUUAAUUCACUUUUAUUAACUUUUUUUUAAAGCCCCAUAGGGGGUAAUCAUGCAUUCUUCAGAUUGCAUAUACUGAUCAUGCUAUGCCAUAGCAUAUCAUUGAUCAGUGUUACCAGGCUUGGAGUAGCAGAUCGCCAAACGGACGACGAAGAGGCAGGUGAGGACCCUCUCGUCGCCCCGUAAGCUGAUCAGGACAUCGCAAUUUUGGCGUGAUAGUCCCGAUCAGCUCCGCUGAGCAGCCAGGACAGUUUCACUUUAAUUUUAGAUGCUGUGAUUAACUUUGAUUGCGGCACCUAAAGGUUAAUGGCAGGCAUCGACCCGAUCGGCGGUGCCCUGCAUUAGCCGUGGGUCCUGGCUGCCCGUAGCAACCUGGACCCAUUGGGUUUAACCUGUUCUCCGCUGGGGAGAACUGUUUAAACUCCGUUAUUAGGACAAGGGCGCCCUUGGUCCUUAAGUACCAGGAUCUGAAUGCGUACCUGUACGCCUUGGUCCUGGACAGGUUAAUAUAAAAGAGUUAUCGAUUUUAGAAGGCGAGGAGGAAAAAACGAAAACGCAAAAAUAAAAUUGGCCUGGUCUUUAAAGGGGUACUCCACUGGAAAACUGUUUUUUUUAUUUUUUAAAUAACUGGCGCCAGAAAGUUAAAAAGAUUUGUAAAUUACUUCUAUUUAAAAAUCGUAUUCCUUCCAGUACUUAUCAGCUGCUAAAUGCUCCACAGAAAGUUCUUUUCUUUUUGAAUUUCCUUUCUGUCU